GCAGGGCGCGGGGCCACCACCUUCCCAACAUGGCGGCGGAGCCGGUGCCGUCCGAGGGCUCCAAGCCCCUGAGCGGGCUCCUGAGCGGCAUCGCGCAGGCCACGUACUACGGCACCGCCGGCAUCACCGAGGAGCUGCUGCGCGGCCAGCUCUACCCCGAAGCGGCGCCCGAGGAGUUCCGCGCGCUGCUGGCCAAGCUCACGGCCGCGCUCAAGUCAAUAGCCUCAGCAGAUAUGGAUUUGAACCAGCUGGAAGCCUUUCUUACUGCCCAAACCAAAAAACAAGGAGGUAUCACAGCAGAUCAAGCAGCAGUCAUUGCAAAAUUUUGGAAAAGCCACAGAACAAAGAUUCGAGAGAGCCUGAUAAAUCAAAGCCGGUGGGACAACACCUUGAGAAAUGUGAAUUGGAGAGUAGAUUUGAAGUCGCAGUCAAGGCACAUUGAUCAAAUAAACACCCCUGUUGCAAUAGUUGAAAUGGAGCUGGGGAAAAAUGGGAAGGAAUCUGAUUUUUUGUGUCUGGAAUUUGAUGAAGCCAGAGUGAAUCAAAUGUUGAAGAAACUGUCUGAGAUCGAAGAGAGCAUAAGCACGCUGACUCAGACCACUUGACCAUCACAAUAAACAGGUUGCAGCUCAGAACAUCAGUGACCUUAGUACUUUUUUCUUUUUCUAUUUGUUAUUCAUUACAUUGGUGCCAUAAUCUUCCACUUGCAUUUAAUCAUAACAUUUUUUAAAAGCCCAGUCUCCUUUCUGCCACUGUGGAACACUUUCUCAUAGGACUGUUCCCUUUGAUGGGCUAUUUGCCUAAGUGCUUGACAGCUGAGUAAGGCUUUGCAUAAUCAAGUCUGGUAUAUCAGAGGAGUUUGGCUUUUCUCUUCCUGUCUCUCAAUGAUUUGUUGUGUCUUCCGGCUCUUAUGAAUAUUGAGCCAACUAGUAGGCCAAAGUUAAUACCAAAGAUAAAUUGACCAGCCUGUAGAAGAAGACAGAGACAGGUUAAAGGCAGCCGAGGAUUUUCCUUACAAAGUCAAAGCUGUCUAGGAUCACUUUUCCCCAUUCUGGUUAGUACCCAAGAUGGAAAACUGACCCCUCAGCCCAAGUCGGGGAUACAGUCUGUUAUGCACUGUUUCAAAAAACUAACAAAACCUCAAGCAAGUGGAUCCACGUGAGAUUAAGAGGGGAAACUGCCCCAGGUAAAGAAAAAGUGGGAAAGAGGGAUUCUGAUUAAUCCUCCAGCUCCCAUUAUACUUUGACUUCCAUACGUGAAUCUAACUAUACCAUUCAGAACACUGUCGAAAAGAGUUGCCAGAUUAUGUAACGGAAGCAAAUGUGUCAGCCAUUCCGGAGCAUGAGGAAGAACCCCUUGGUGAAUAUAUUAUAUGGCCCUGUUUUUCCUUUCUCAACUAGGUUAUAAUUAUUAGAGCAAAUAGAAACCCCAGACAGGAAAUAACUUCAGUUUGUUAACAGACCUUUUCCCAAUUUAACACGUUUAUCACUGCCUCAUGGUGUUUAACUCUUAUUUACUCACAAAGGAUCUCAUUUUACAAAAUGCCAAGCAAUCCUAACUCUUGUGGAUUCAUAUUAAGCAUAGAUUUGGCCCUCAGUCUUCAUUUCAGUGAAUUCCACUGAAUAAAGAAAUGAAACCAUCAUGCAAUGAAGAUGUGCAGGAUAGAAACCUUUAUUUUUAUCUGUUAACCUAAGACUGUUGUCAGACAGAAGUAGAUCAGUCCAGAUACAACUUUCAUUUAUGUUUUUUAUUUGUCUGUAAAUUUAGGACCCAAAGGAGUCGCAGGAAGUUUUGACACUGCCUUAUUUAAGCCUGUAUGUGUGUAUAAGUGCCGUUUAUUUUGGAACUGCUGUGUUUGGCAUGGCCUGGUGUGGCCUUGAGGCUGUAUGCAGAUACAGAAUUUUUCCAACUGAUAUGUCUUAAACAGAGGUUUGUUUUUAGUGCACUCAAUUUAAAACAAAUUUUAAUUUUUCUCAACCCACUUCCUCCCUUUCCAUGGGCUGCCAACGGGAUGUUUCUUUUAUUCAGUAGUAGUCAUGCUACUGAGAAUGUUGAUAGUCUUCUGUGUCAGCUUUUCCUUACCAAAAAAUGUAAGACUCUCCCUUUUUUUUUUUUGUGGCUAUUGCAUUAUACAUUCUCCAUAGAUAGAGGACAAACUGCAUUGCCCACAAAGAUUUGGCCAGGAGAAUUUUCCAUCUUUACUAGGUUGUGUUUGCUAUUAUACUGAAGAACAUCAGUGUGGUGACCAAAGAAAAAAAUAAGGAAGAUGUUUGAAAAGAUUAAGGUGGCAAAACGAAAUGCAAGAAAAAUAAACCUCAGCUCAGGCAAACUGACCCACCAUGCUAUUGAAAUCUGUGUCUGUCUGUAUGAAGCCUCAGGGUGAAGUCAUAGAGUGCGAAGACCUAAAAUGUGUGCAUGGGAGAAGGGGGAACUAAUGUUUGUGUGCAUUGAUCAACAAACAGUUAUCUAAAACUUCUAUUUCAGUAGCACCUUGAGGUCCCAACUGUAGUGCCUAAGUUCUGCAAAAUAUACACCAUUGCAUACUUCCAGCUUCCCUAAGUCUUAUAAUCUAAAACAGCAAGUAUGAGAUACAAAGAGUUAAGGGGUUGAGAGACAGGUAUACUCAUUCUGUAUUCCUUUGCCUUCUAUGUCCGUGAUGACCCAGAAAGUGUGACAGUUUCUCAUCAGGGGCAAUAAUUGUGCAGCCAGCACCAUUCUUUCUGUUGACUGGAGCAAUUCUGAAGUGAUAGGCCAAGAUUCUGCAUUCCCAGUAGUGACCACUUUGCUUUUUCUAUUAUUGAUGGCUAAACGCAUCUACCCAUUAGGGUAGAGGUUGCAUUGAUUCUUUCAGUUUAUUGAGCCUCUUUGUAAACUGCCCCUAGAGCUAAAAUUAUACUACAUGUCUGUACUGAGAUAGUGAUGACAGCAUAAAAUACUGAUGUGUGAUAAUUAAAGAACAUUUCAUUGUCUCCUCAUGUGAGUUUAUUGCUUGUAAAGAAGCCAGAUUGAUUGCACUUGGAAACAAAUUCCCCCUUUGCAGACUAAGGCAAGGAGGGAAUUUCCUGCCUAUCCAGUCAAAAUUGUGAUGCAUCACCAGAGUAAACCCAUGCUGGGACCCUUGUGGCCUGUACCAAGCAGAAUAACUAGGGUUGGGCAAGAAGGGCCCCAGCUUCAGGCAGAGACAGAGAGAGGAAACAAGAUUGGUAGCCAAUGCUGCUGCCACCCAGGGCAUAAAACUUACUUGUUAGGCCUCUGUAUGCACCUCCCAUCUCUCCUUGUGAGUGGUUUCCCUCUAUGUAAGGACCUUACAGGCUUCUACUUCCUAUUUUUCUCCUUGUUAUCACAGACCUUUAUUGCCAUUUCUUAAGCCUAUCCCCAUCAGAGAUUGAGCAAAUACUGCUUUUUGCCACUCGCCACUGAUUUUGAGUAAUCCCAUCCAGGCCCAAACAAAACACUCCCGUGACAGUCUGCUACUGAUACACAAAGCAUAGGAUGCUGCCUAGCCGCCAUUGCCUGGCUACACCUAAUCUGCUGAUUUUGCAGGGACCUCGGCACUGAGGGAAAACAUGGAGAAUGCAUUAGAGACUGGAUACCCACAGAAAAGUAAUUGCCCAGUAAUUUCAGUGAUCAAUUUCAAGGCAAGUCUUGUGGCAGUUGAUGUUUAUCACAUGGUUAGGUGGGAAUUUUACCUGCAGUGGGCAUGUCUACAUGUGCACAUUUAAUGUGCAUUAGCCCAAUUUAAGGUGCAUUAAGAGUGCACAUCUACACGUGUGUGCCCUUAAUGCGCUUAAAAAUAAUGAUUUGAGAUUGUUUGAUCUUAAAUUUGAUACUUGCAUAAGGCAGGUAUCAAAUUUAUGCGCAAAUAGCUAAGUCGCAUUAGCGAGCCCUUAGACACGCUAAUGUACAACUCACUGUAUGUCCAUUGACUUUGGACUAAUUUUAGUUGGUCUGUACACACGCGUUUGUGCGCCUUAGUGUGUGCAUGUAUAGAUGCGUGCCUAAAUCACCAUAAUGCGCAUUAGGCUAAUGCGUGUUAAGUUCAGGUGCGUGUAAAAGCACAUAUAGAACCCACCUGGUAAACUUCUAGCUCUCUUGAUUGUGGUGAAAGUUUUAAAAUGUGACCCACGUGUAUCCAGAGGUCAUAAAAGGCAAAUAAUUAUUCAGAACAGUUUUAAAAAUCAUGAUUUUGUUUAAGUCAUUCUCCUAAUUUUUCACUGCUGGAGUAGUAGACACCUGUCAGCAGGGACUGGAGUGUGGCUACCAAACUCAUUUCUCACAGUGUCCCCUUAAUAACCAGCUUCCACUGGGAAUUUUGGACAUAAUCAAAUGGCUGGGGUUGCUGACUGUCUUACCAAUCCAGUCCCACCUAGUGAAGGUUGAUUAAAAUGAUCUAAUACAUUUUAACGCAAGGUUUCAAAAUAAGAAAGGGGUCAAUUCAAGUAACUUCAGUAACUUGCAGCAUAUUGCACACGCUUGUCUUAUUUUAAUGUGUGCAGAUGAUUGGAAAAUGUGCUAUAAACAGAAAGCAGAGAAACAAGCCCAAAGCACCUGUUAUUUCACACUAAUAAAUGUGUGAAAAGGCUGACUACAAGGUUACUGAGCCUAGAAAAAAAACCACUGGGGUCAUUUAAGAAAUCUUUGGAAGUUUUCCUUGAGGAAUGAGGAUUCUAAAAAGGGGCAUGUUUCCAUGGGUUUCAGUAACUACACCUCUUUCCAUCAGAAGUUUACUUGUAGCUCUCUCAUGUUUGUUUUUUUAACUAUCAGAAUUUGACACUGAACCUUAAUAUGCACAAGUAAUGUGUAAAUUUUUCUAUAAUUUUCUAAAGCACUUGGGUGAUUUAGCAGCCCAAUUACUUCCUUUUGAAAUCAGUGGGAGGUAGGUGCCCAAACUAUUUGGAUACUUAGUCAAAUUUUUCCAAAGCACCUCUCCCAUUCAAAACUGGCCUUGAGCACUAUUGAAAGCAUCUCCUAACAGGGAACAGUGUGUCUGAGGAGCAAACAUAAUGACAUUCUGGGUGAAAAUUGCUUUCUGAUUAAAUAAAUACCAAACUUAAAGCCAUCAUGUCAGUGACUUGUUUUCACACCUCCACUGGAUAUGCACACACUUUCAUAAACGGAGAACACGAUGUUUUGCAGCAGUUGCUGCUCAGUUAAUGUGGUUGUCAGUGUGUUGAAUUGUCUCAAAGAGUUUAAGAAGUGUUUCUUGUUUGACUGGUAAAUCUGGUGCAGAUUCUCAGUGGUUGUUGUAAUCAAAAUUUGCAUAAUGACAAUAGUGUGUUAGUAAAACUGUGUUUGGGGAAACAAUGAGGAACUUCAAGCCUAAACAUAAUGGGACAAGUUGCCUGGGCCAUAUUCAUUCUGAAUGAACUCUAUCCCCACGCACAUAAUAGGAAGAGAGACCAUAAGUCUGUAUGGGAUAUACAGGCUAAAAACCUAUAUGGAUUUAUCUUGAGUGCAUGAAUUUUACUAUAUGUAUGUUUCAGUCAGUGAAACAGGAGUUGAGAUUGUAUCAGUUAGUAUGAUAGGACCAGAUUCUUGCCAUGUUCCAGGAUCCACUAGUAACAAGACAAUGGGUGAAGCCAGUUGGGAAGUAUUCAUCCUCAAGCAGUGCCUGUAUUGCACAAAAUGGGGUCAUUGUAUUUGCUACUGUUCUUAUACAACACACUGAAUUUGCUGACCUCUUUCUUUCUGAAAAUAAAUACAAAAUUGACUGA